CCGCCAAAAUCUUUGACCUCUAAGGCUCAAGCGGGUCACCCCAUCCAUGACCCGCCAAUUGGUUUUGCCGGCCCUAGACUUCUCCGAUCCAAUUUGAAAGAAAUCUUUGCCCUAAUAUGGCUUCUGCUCUAGACGACAGUCGUGGUUGUGGUUCUACAACCCUAGACGACAGUCGUGGUAUGCUAUGAAGGUGGAACGACGCUAAGCAGAGCACAAGUUUGGGAAGAAUGUCAGUCUAUCUGCCGGAGGAGCUGGUGGUGAAAAUACUCUCAACGCUGCCCACAAAAUCCCUAAUCCGAUUCAGAUGCGUCUCCAAAAGCUGGCAUGAAAUUUUAGGAAACCUAGAUUUCCUCUCCCAAAAUCUCCUCAACCUCUCCAUUCUUGCCGCCCCAGAAAAUCCCAACCAUUCUCUCCUCCUCGUCAGAGGCAGGGAAAAAUCCGACGACGAAAAUGACGAAAAUGACGUAUUCUCUUUUCUCUCUUACGAGACACUCGACUGUUUGUCUCAGAUCGCUUUUACUACUUUUCUCAGCUUUACGUUGGUCGGUUCCUGUAAGGGCUUAUUGUGCAUCUACAAUGUCCAUACCGGAGGAGUAUAUCUCUGGAAUCCCGUCACACCAUUUGUAGGACUCAAGGCUCUCCCGCCCAUGCCCGAGCGUGCUAAUUCGUUUGGAUCCGGCUUUGGGUUCGGUUUUGACUCGAGAUUUAACGACUUCAAGGUGGUGAGAAUUCGUUCAUCUUUGCUUCAAGGAGAGCAUUUACAGAGCCAUGUGGAAGUAUUCAGCUUAAACGCCGGAUCUUGGAGAGUGAUUGACCUACCCGAACCCAUGCUCCCUUUUUGGGGCAAUCGAAGCAGUUUGCGGACAGUGGCGUUAGAUGGGGUUUUUAUCUGGUGGAUGUUGGAUCAUAAGAUCGCGGCUUUCGACUUCAGCGACGAGUUGUUACGAUUGACGCCUCUUCCGGAUGCUUCUCAUCUCCAUCUUCUCUCGCAGGAUAAUGGUGGGAGUAGUAUUAUAACCUUGUUAAACGGGCAUGUCGCUUUGUUGGCUUUCUCUGGUUCUAAAAUGAAUGCAACACGUUCUUUGGAAAUAUGGGUUUUGCUCGAAUUUGGUGUUAAGGAAUCGUGGACUAUACUUACUACAAUUGGACUGCCAAUGGAUUUGGAAAGGCCACUGGGGUUUUGGAAAAGUGGGCAGUUGUUCAUAGAGAAUAGUGAGGGGCAACUGGUGUUGUAUGAUCCUUUUGCACAGUCAACAAAGAAUCUUCAAAUUAUUGAUGCCACUAAGAGAUCGUUCCAAAUUGUUCUCUACAAGCCGAGUUCGAUUGCUGUCAAUCCGUGAGAAAAUCUUUUCGUCUCAGCAGACUGGAGGGCGUGUAGUGUUCUCUGCUCUGCUGCCCAAGCAGCCUCUCUAGCUUCCUUUCCAAAGUUCUUUUUGUUGGUAAAUGCAGUCUGGUAACACAUAAAUAGGUGUUCAUAUUAGUAUUAGUUCUAUGGAACUAACAAUAAUGGCGAAAGCAGGAUGUUAAAGACACGACAAUUGUAUAGAUAGAGGAAAUUCUGUAGAAGUUGCUUGUAUAAGAAGUUUACAAAUGCUUUAUGAAUAAAUUUGUGAUAUUCUAUCAGUUCUAGAGUCUUGUUUAUUAAGCUUUUGGGACAAGUGGUAAUUUAAUAUAGUAUCUGAGCAACGGUCUUGAAUUUGAAUAUGUCUCUGUCAUUCACCUCCCAUUUCUGAACAUUUCACGUGUUAAAUCUAACUUAUUAAGACGAAAUUCGAGCUCACACAUAAAGAGAGUGUUGGAAUAUUAAUUUAAUAAUUAAAUCAAUUAGUUUAUAGUUGCUUAAGUUUUUUGGAAUUAGUGGUGAUUUAAUUUGGUUGGGUCAUUGUAUGGU